UAAAAUAUUAGUUAAUUCUGAUGUUCCAUUUACGCACUGCAAAGCAAAUCAUAACCUGCUCACCCUUCUCCCCUUUUCUCUCACUAAAAUCUGCUGAUCUGAAUAAGAAAACCUGUGGCGGGACUUCAAUUUCGACACCAUUUUCCUGUGAGUUGAUGAAGCCUCCUUGGAUCAUUUCCGAUUUAUUCCGGGCUUUCUGAAAUUUUUUUAUCGUAAACUUCAUUUAUUCCACACCCCAACAACAUGGACAGUUCUGAGGUUGAAGAUAAUUUACUCUCCAUCAGUGAGCCAAAGUUACAUGGUGACAUGUGCAAGAGCCUGUAUGAUGUGUAUGUGAAAGUGUUGGGCAUAUUUCCUGACCUUGAAGCAUCAAGACCCAGAAGCACAUCCGGCAUUCAGGCACUAUGUGCCCUCCACAUUGCACUUGAGAAGACCAAGAAUAUUCUCCAACACUGCGCUGAUUGUAGUAAACUCUACUUGGCAAUAACUGGAGACUCUGUUGUUCUGAAAUUUGAGAAGGCCAGAUGUGCCCUAGAAGAUGGUUUGAGGCGUGUUGAAGAUAUUGUUCCCCAAGCCAUUGGUGUUCAGAUUGCUGAGAUCCUAGUCGAGCUUGGGUGUAUAGAGUUCACACUCAAUCCAACCGAGAAGCAAAUCGGGGACGAGAUAAUUACCCUUCUUCAGCAAGGGAGCAACUUCAGCACCGGCUCAAACGACAACAACGAGCUCGAGUCCUUCCAUCAGGCAGCCAGCAAGCUCGGCAUCACCUCUUCGCGGGCCGCCCUCCGCGAAAGACGGGCCUUGAAAAAGCUCGUGGACCGAGCCCAAACCGAGGAGGACAAGAGGAAAGAGUCAAUCGUGGCUUAUCUCCUCCACCUCAUCAAAAAGUACUCGAAGCUCUUCAGAAGCGAGAUCUCAGACGACAAUGACUCCCAAGGCUCGACCCCUUGCUCCCCCACUCUGCAGGGCAACGCCAGCUGUCCCUUUUUCGACCGCCAGCUGUCAAAGCUUAGCUCCUUCAACUUCAAGCCCAACCUCAGAAGGUCCGGGCAGAUGCCCGUCCCUCCCGAGGAGCUUAGGUGCCCGAUAUCCUUGCAGCUCAUGUACGACCCUGUCAUCAUAGCUUCCGGGCAGACAUAUGAAAGGGUUUGCAUUGAAAAGUGGUUUGAUGACGGGCACCAAACGUGCCCAAAGACCCAGCAGCAGCUCCCACAUCUCUCACUUACUUCUAAUUACUGCGUGAAGGGUCUCGUGGGCGGAUGGUGUGAGCAGAACGGAGUUCCCGUCCCAGAAGGUCCUCCCGAGUCACUUGAUCUCAACUACUGGAGGCUGGUGCUCUCGGAAAGCUACUCGGCUGACUCGAAGUCACUCGAGUACAAGGGUGUGCCACUUAACAACAUCAAGGUGGAAGAGGAGGAGGAGGAUGAAACUUGCGAGGCUCGUGUGUUUGAGAAAUACAAGGGGUUCUUAAGGGUUUUGGAGGAUGAGGAGGAUGGUGAUCUGGUGAGGAAAUGCAAGGUGGUGGAGAAAAUAAGGCACUUGCUCAAGGAUGAUGAAGAGGCCAGGAUUUAUGUGGGGGCCAACGGCUUUCUGGAGGCAUUGCUGAGGUUUCUGGAGCAUGCAAUAUCCGUUGGGGACCAGACGGCCCAGGAGACUGGAGCCAUGGCUCUUUUCAACCUAGCUGUAAAUAAUAACAGAAACAAAGAAUCGAUGCUGGCCUUGGGCGUGCUGCCAUUACUGCACAAAAUGUCCAGCAAUGCGGACUCAGCAGGAGCAGCCACGGCCCUGUAUCUAAACCUAUCAUGUCUCGACGAGGCCAAGGCCAUAAUCGGGAACAGCGUUGCAGUCCCUUUUCUGAUCUCGGUCCUGAGGAACGAAAACGAGGAGCAGUGCAAGUUAGACGCUCUUCACACCCUCUACAACAUAUCCAGUGAGCCGGCCAACAUUCCUCACCUUCUGACAGCUGGCAUAAUCGAGGCCCUCCAGGCUGUCAUCGGUCACCCGUGGACCGAGAAAUGCAUAGCCAUCCUAAUCUAUUUGGCGUCGAGUAAAAACGCGCGUGACGAGAUUCGAGCAGUGCCGAGCUUGAUUAACGCGCUUGCUACUGUUCUUGAUGUGGGGGAGCCUGUGGAGCAAGAGCAGACUGCAGCUUGCCUUUUGAUGCUAUGCAGUUUGGAUGAAAAGUGUACUGAGAUGGUGCUUCAGGAAGGGGUUAUACCCUCGUUAGUGUCGAUUUCGGUGAAUGGGACUGUGAGGGGAAAGCACAAGGCGCAGAAGCUCCUGAUGCUGUUCCGGGAGCAGAGGCAGAGGCACAAGGAGAGGGAACCAUCGCCAUUGCCCACAGAGCCAGUCUCUCAGAGGCCCCUGUCAAAGACGGUGUCCAGGCAUAAAGUGGGUAAAGCGUUGAGUUUCUGGAGGAAGAACAAGAGUUUUUCCGUGUACCACCAGUGCUGAGAAAAAGUGGGGAUGAUAGAUUAAACGAUUAGUUGGUAUGGAUUGCACUACACUCUGGAGGCUUGGAGAUCAUACUUGGUGGUGUCUCUGUUGUGAAUAAUCAAUCCCUUGGGUGCUGAGUAGAGCACGUUUUGAGAUGAGGCAUAUCAUGUAUCACAAUACGUUCUUCUGUUAGUGGUUUUCGGUCCACUUUUAGCUUCGGAAGUAUCUGCCCACAACAGGAUUGUAGGAGUAUAAUAGGGAGAUCUACGUGAAUUGCCUUGUUGAAUUCUCACUACUGAGAGCAGCCAAACAAUCAAUAUAUCCGAGAAAUAAUAUCAUUUUCUUCCUAGGAGAAUAGCUUUAUUUCAAACUCCACGGUGGGUGCAUUUUAUUUUUUAGUUUUUAUUUUUUUGGGGACAUUUUUGUGUCUACUUUUACCUGGCUUGCCAAGUGCAACUCUAGUAAAAAACAAAACUUCAUAAAAACACUCUAUAUCUUUUUUAUUUUUUUUUUGGUACAAAUAGGGGAGAAAACAAUGGAAACUACAUCGCUACUUUACGAGAGUAGACUACAUCAAACAUAUCAUGUUCUAACCAAGGUCUUAAACCAACCGGUAGAACUUCGAAGCUUUGCAGGCCUCCUGGAGAAGUUGCGGCCAAAGAAGCCAAAAAAAUCCAUCGAGAAGUAAUGUUAGAAAAUCAGAG